AUGGCUGCCUUGUGGAAGUCAAUUGGAACCGUUGCCUUACUGGUGACGUGUUUCCCUGCAGCUUGGGGUCAGCGCGUGUCUGAUCAGCCAGAGAAGCAUGUCGGUGCUUCGGUGCACACCAGCAGUGGAUUGGUCCAGGGUCACAUUGCAGCUCGACGGUCUGGCGUCUCCGAAUACCUGGGCAUUCCCUACGCUGCCCCGCCAAUUGGACACCUGCGGUUUGCGGCUCCUGUUGCAUACAAAGAGAAUGGCACGGUUCAUGGAAAAUCCUAUCCCCAUAGUGAUUGUCCCGCCAACCCUAUCCCUACCCCUGACUACCCCGGCUUUACACCGCAGGGCCCUAGAAUUGUCAAGACCUUUACGCAGCAGGUGAACAAUCCCCAGAGCGAAGAUUGUCUGUACCUGAAUGUAUGGUCGAAGCCCACGGUAUCCAAGCCGAAGCCCGUCCUACUCUGGAUCCACGGUGGUCGAUUUACUCUGGGCGGUAGCCACAGCCCCUACUAUGAUGGACAAGGCUUGGCCGGGGAUCAUGAUGUGGUGGUAGUCACCAUCAACUACCGACUGAACAUCUUCGGCUUCUCUGGCGCACCAGGUCUCCCACAGAACACAGGACUCCUGGACCAGCGCAUGGCAGUGGAAUGGGUGCACCGCAACAUCGCAGCAUUCGGCGGAGACCCUGAGCGCAUCACGAUCUUUGGCCAGUCCGCCGGCGGCUCGUCAGUCGACUACUACUCGUAUGCGUGGGCCGACAAGCCCCUCGCCAGCGGCCUCAUCUCGCACUCUGGAACAGCCUCUAGCUUCGUGCCUAACACCCAAGAGUAUUCCACCUCGGCCUUCUACAAUGUCUCCAAGACCCUGGGCUGCGGCGAUAGCAAGAGAGAUGCCCACAAGGUUGUCGCCUGUGUGCGCCAAAAGCCGUACAGGGACAUUCUCAUGGCUGUGGGCAAGGUGCCAGCGGCAAAGACGCCCGCGCUGCCACAGCCCGUGUUCCAUCCGACGGUGGACGGGGUGACCGUAUUUGGGGAUUACAAGAAGCUUUCCGCAGCAGGGAAGUUCGCUCGCCUGCCCUACCUCGUCACCAGCAACGACUACGAAGCUGGUUACUACCACAUCAGCGCCUACGCCGCCAAUAUCACGCUCAGCGAGAAGGCCUGGGACAGAUUCAACCUCGCCGCCUUCACCUGUCCCAGCGGCGCCGCCGCCCGGGACCGCGUCGCCCACGGCGUGCCGACCUGGCAGUCGCGCUACUUCGGCGACUGGGACAACCUGCGUCUGCACCCGCACAGUGGCGCGUACCACGGUGUGGAUCUGCCGAUGGUGUUUGGGACUGCGAAGCAGGUCAGCGGGAUUGCCAACAACGAGCGCGAAAAUGAUCUCUCUCACUAUAUGGCUUCGGCGUGGGUGGCUUUUGCGGGAGAUCCGAAGGAGGGAUUGAGUAAGUUUGGGUGGCCUCGGUACAAUCCUGAGAAGAAAACCCUCGUUGGUCUAGGCUACAAGAACAGCACCCACGCUGAAUUCCUCAAGCCGCAGCAAGUUGAGCAGGGUUGUGCCGCUCUCCACGGAGAUAGCCUUCCUGGCAAGGGUGCUUUUUAA